CAUCCCCUCGGGCUCCGGAGGGGUCGGUGACUGAGCCAAGAUCACAGAACGAGGGAUGGGCUGAAAGGAUUGGGGUUGAGGAGGAGCUAAAGGAGGAAAGAGACCCUGAGAGCAAAACGGAGGCUUGUCCUUCACCCCUCUGCAGAUCCGGCCCAAGACCCUGGCCAUCUCAGGAACCCUCACAGGGUAACACCGAGCUCUGCAAUGCAGGACCACGUGAGAAGGUCCCAGAUUUGAGUCCCAAGGCUUCCCUGUGCACGCCGGGUGCCAUGUAUGCCUGUAACCCAUGCUGGCAGAGGCUGGUGGCCGAUCAUGGUGUGGGACUCUGUGCCUCUGUCUCAUGGCAGACAAAAGUAAACAAACUUGGGGAGAGAGAGGACAGAACCCCGAGAAUGGGAAACAGGCCCAGAAAGAGAGAAGGCAGAGACCCAGAAAGAGGAGGAGAAAGGCCCAAAAGGAUAGAGACAGAAACUCUGGGUUGGGCAAGGACAGAGUCCCAGAGAAAGAGAGACCAGAGAAAGGGCUGCCAGGAGCCCAGAGUGAGGCCCCAGGACACUCUGCCUACCUGGUUGGUGGCCUAUGUGGGAGACGGGGCCACGUGGAGCUGUGUACACCAGGCCACCAUCACCUCCUCUCGCCUCCCCCAGGCUUGUCCUUCGCGCCCCUGCAGAUCUGGUCCAAGAUCCUGGCCAUCUCAGGGAUCCUUACCAUGGGCCUUGCCCUCAUGGGCUGUGUGGGGGCCCUCAAGGAACUCCGCUGCCUUCUGGGCCUGUAUUUUGGGCUGUUGCUGCUCCUGUUUGCCACGCAGAUCACCCUGGGAAUCCUCAUCUCCACUCAGCGGGUCAGGCUGGAGCGCAAGGUGAAGGACCUCGUGCAGGAAACCAUCCAAAACUACCACACACACCCAGAGGAGACAGCGGCAGAGGAGAGCUGGGACUACGUGCAGUUCCAGCUGCGCUGCUGCGGCUGGCAGUCUCCGCAGGACUGGUUCCAGGUCCUCGUCCUGAGAAGCAACGACUCGGAGUUGCACCGCGUACCCUGCUCCUGCUACAACUCGUCGGCAGCCAACGACUCUGCGACCUUUGAAAAGAUCUUCCCCCAACUCAGCCGACUUGGACCGCUAGCGCGUCCCAGACACAACACAGACCUCUGCGCCGUCUCUGCGAAAAGCCACAUCUACCCCGAGGGCUGCGGGAAGAACCUUCAGAAGUGGUUGCAGAACAACCUCAUCUCCAUAGUGGGCAUCUGUCUGGGAGUCGGACUACUCGAGGUGAGUUUAAUGGCUCUGAGCCUGCAGCUACAGCGGAGGGCCAUCCGCCGGGAACCUGAGCUUCAAGUGCUAGACACCUACGGUUCGAGCCUCGGGCCCAGCCUGAGCGCUGACGGCGGUGGCGGGCGCUGCGGAGUGCUUAGCAGCAGCGGGCGUAGCGGCAAUCUGUGGGGUAGCAGGGGCAUGGCAGGUGCCUGCCCCAGCUGGGGGGACAAGGCUCCACAGGGCAAGCUGCCCAUGGGGCUGGGACCCUGGGUGCUUUGGGAUCAAGACGAGGAGCAGCCCGCGAGCGUGGGCGCACAGGUGGAGGUCGAGGCAGAAGCGGAGGGAGAGACAGAUGAAGCUCCGGAAUAAAGGACCCUGGGCUUGCUUCUGACAUUACUGUUCUCACCUCUCUACCCUGACCUGACCCUGGCUCCCCGCCUAAUGCAGCUAAUUUCCCUCCCCCAUCUGUUCCCGUCCUUACCAUUACCCUUAACCCUCUCCACCACAUUCUCCAGCUCCAAAGAGGUCCAGAGAGGUCCUACCCCUGGGCUUUUCUCCCGCAGCCCCGCCCUCCACCCUUGUAGUCGCCGCCGCCGACCGAUGUCUCUGACC